GUAGAAGAAGAAAGUGAUAUGGGUAGUGGAGCAAGUGCUGAAGACAAGGAACUUGCUAAGAGGUCAAAGGAGUUGGAAAAGAAGCUUCAAGAAGAUGGAGAUAAAGAGGCAAAGACAGUUAAGCUUCUCCUGUUAGGUGCUGGUGAGUCAGGGAAGAGUACAAUUGUCAAACAGAUGAAAAUUAUCCAUCAGGAUGGCUACACAGAAGAAGAAUGUCUGGAGUUCAAAGCAAUCAUAUAUAGCAACAUACUUCAAUCCAUCUUAUCAAUUGUCAGAGCCAUGUCUACUCUAGGCAUAGAUUUUGCCGAUUCAGCCCGAGCGGAUGACCAACGGCAGCUGUACAGUUUGGCUGACUCAAUUGAAGAAGGUACCAUGCCCCCAGAAUUGGUGGCUUGUAUAAAGAAACUAUGGCUUGAUGGAGGAGUUCAAGCCAGCUUUGAUCGAGCAGCUGAAUAUCAACUCAAUGAUUCUGCUGCAUACAGCAAUGAAAAAGCUGGCAUGCAACAAAAUAUGUGUCUCAAGGGAGCAGCCCCUGCCUUUCCCUUUGCUGAUCUGAAUGCUAACCGCAUGCAUGAAUCUUUGCAUCUCUUCAACAGUAUAUGUAAUCACAAGUUCUUUGCUGCCACUUCCAUCAUUCUUUUCUUGAACAAGAAGGACCUCUUUGAGGAAAAAAUCAAGAAAGUACAUCUCAGUAUUUGCUUCCCUGACUAUGAUGGCCCCAAUACAUUUGAAGAUGCAGGCAAUUACAUCAAGCUUCAGUUUCUUGAUCUAAACAUGAGAAAAGAUGCAAAAGAAAUUUAUAGUCACAUGACUUGUGCCACAGAUACACAGAACGUCAAAUUUGUAUUUGAUGCAGUAACAGAUGUAAUCAUCAAAGAGAACCUAAAGGACUGUGGUCUCUUCUAAGAUUACAGCUUUUUAAAAGAAAAGGUAAUUGGGUUCAAUUAUCUGUUCCUAAAGUAGGAAUUAGGCAGUAAGUAUACUUUAGCAUUUCCUUACUUGGGCUUGUAACUAUACUUACUUCUGAACAGUAGUGCUUAAAGUCAAAUGUGCAUAAUAACUAAAUGCAAGCAGUAGCCAAGUCAGCUGGGCUACAUAUGUAAUAGGAAGCAGCAGUUAAACUGCAACAGGAUGCUUGCAAUAAUACUAUGCAAGUACUCGGCUAUUUCAGUUCCUUUGCCAUAAUAAUUUGCAAUAAUUAUUACAUAAGAAGAGUUAGCACCAUUGCCAAAUUCUUCGCUUAGCAAUUAUUUCCAAAACGGGUUUGAAGACACUAAUGCAACAGAAGACGAAAUUUUAAGGAAAUCAUCGGCAAUGAGGUGAUUACAAAACAACCCGAUGUAAUACUAUCAGCAAAUCAAAGCUGGUACUCAGUACAGGACUCAGGAGUUU